AUGAGUAAGCGGAGCGGCCUGCUCUGCGUCCUGCUCUUGUCGCUGGUGCUGCUGCUGCAGGCUGCCUCUCUCUGCUUGCCCGCGGCCGCAGGCAGCAACCGCCAGCUGGUCGUUGCUGCUGCUGCUGCCCGGAUUGGAGACAAAUUUUUGUGUCAAGAUCCGAUCGGGCGACCCAGCAGCAGCAGCGUCAUGUCCAGCAAUGCCGGCGACGAGCUCAGCAGCCCCCCCGCUGCUGCUCCUGCUGCCGCCUUCACCCAACAGGGCUUCACUGCCCCUGCUGAUGCCUUCACCCAAGAGGGCUUCCUUGGUGACGAAGCCUUCUCAUCCGGUGACAGAUACCCAAAAGAAGAUGAAGACGAACUGCUAUCCGGUGAUGGAUAUUCAAGAGAUCCCGACAGAUCUGUUGAAGAAGAAGGGCCUCUAGGCGAAGAAGAGGAAGACGGAGAUGAUCUGAUGCUCAUCGUUAAACAAGGUGCUCAAGUUGAGCCUAGCAGCAACAACUAUGAAUUGCAUGGGAGCAGUGCCGACGUGCCGUGCCCCGAGUGCGGGAAGCUCUUCAGGAACGACAAGUCCAUGUUCGGUCAUCUCCGAAGCCAUCCCAAUAGGGGGUACAAAAAGGGUUCUGGUCAUCUCAAAAGCCGUCCAAGCAAAGGCUACAAACCACCUGCCAGGCCCAAGCCACUGCCGAGCCGCAACGGUAAACUGUCGCCACUGCCGAGCAGCAACGCUAAACUGUCGUCGCCACCUGCCAACGACAGCAGUCGCGUGGCCAGGUACAGCCAGCGUGAUCCCGAAUUAAGUAGAUUUGAAGUAAUGAUGGCUUACGUGAUGCUCACGCUUAAGCAACGUGGUGAUGGGGUAGCGCAGGAUCAGUCUCACAAGAGAAAGCGUGAGUCCAGCGAACUAGAUGUUCCUGAAGAAGAUUUGGUAAGGAACAAAGCAGGAGAUGGUGUCGUGCUCGGUGAUAGACAUGGCACCUCUGUUGCUGAGAUGCUAGGAGAUGAUGUGGUGCACCGUAGCGAACAAGGCAGUUCCCUUGUGGAGAUGGCAGUAGAUGAUGCCGUGCUCGGUGAUAAACAUGGCACCUCUGUUGCUGAGAUGCCAGGAGAUGAUGCGGUGCACCGUAGCGAACAAGGCAGCUCCCUUGUGGAGAUGGCAGUACAUGAUGUCGUGCUGGGUGAUAAACAUGGCACCUCAGUUGCUGAGAUGGCAGGAAAUGAUGUCGUGCUCGGUGAUAAAAAUAGCACCUCAGUUGCUGAGAUGGCAGGAAAUGAUGUCGUGCUCAGUGAUAAACAUGGUACCUCAGUUGCUGAGAUGCCAGGAGAUGAUGUGGUGCUCCCGAACGAGCACCACGGUUCUGUUGCGGUGAUGGCAGAAGAUGAUGUGGUGCACCGUAGCGAACAAGGCAGUUCCCUUGCGGAGAUGGCAGGAGUUGAUGUCGUGCUCGGUGAUAAACAUGGCACCUCAGUUGCUGAGAUGCCAGGAGAUGAUGCGGUGCACCAUAGCGAACAAGGCAGUUCCCUUGCAGAGAUGGCAGGAGAUGACGUGAUGCUCCCAAACGAGCACCAUGGUUCUGUUGCAGUGAUGGCAGGAGAUGCGGUAGUCCGCAACGAACAUGGCAAUGUCGAGGUACCAAGGAAGAAGGGGAGGAAGAAGUCCAAAGAAAGCACAGAGGCACGUAGAAAGGAGAAGGUGCCCAGUGCAAGCAUGGUCAAGCGUUCUUACACAUGCAAGCAAUGCAAGGCAGAAUUCCCCACACAUCAAGCUCUGGGCGGGCACAUGGCUGCGCACAACAAGGACAAGAGGAUCCAGGCCCAGAAUGAGCAAGCAGCAGCAGCAGCAUGGGAGGCACAUCAGCACCAGAUAGACCGGAGUCUAAACAGGCUGGUAACCAGCAGCAUGAAACCAGCAUGGGAGGCACAUCAGAGCCAAAAAGGCCAGAACCCAAACAGGCAGGGAACCAAAGGUGGCGGCGAGGAACCCAGGCAAGGUGGCGGCAUGUUCAUGUCCACCAGAGAACUGCUUAUGGAACGCUACACCAAGCUGUUCAACCAGGGGUGGCUAUCCAGGCAGGAGGCUGGAGGAUCGUCCAAGAGGCAGCACACUGAGGAGGAUGGUGGCUCUUCGUCGGUAGCGCCGCCCCUUGCGGAUGGAGGUAGGCGCAGGCCAUUUGACAUUGACCUCAAUGCCAUGGCUCCAGAAAAGGAAUAG